UUCCAAUGAUGGAUCGGUGAUUUUUUUUAUUUAGAUGUCGGAAUAUAAAAUGGUAGGCGGUAGCAGGCAGCUGUCAAACUACAGAGGUCCAGUGUUCUCCGUUAUUGCCCUAACAACUUAUUAACAGCAAUUUCACCUAGGAAACUCGUGGAAUGGUUAAAUGUGCCACUUAAAAGUUAUUUAUAUGAAUUAAUAUGAUUAGUGCUGUUUAGUAUGGAUGUCAGUUAAAAAAUGUGGAGCAACGAGAAACAUGGACUUUUUUAAAACUCAAAAUGUGGAGCGUCCCCCGUAAUGAGAUUCACAGGCUUCCAUUCUCUGUGUCGUGUUCUCGAAUCUUCGAUCCAGACAUGGCUAGCAGUUUCACCAGAGUUCUGACCGGCAGAAGAGCCACCAGUAUUAUAACAAUAGUGGGAGCCGGAUCCUUGGCUGGGGGCUACCUGUUAAGUCGGGACAAAGUCAAUGCAGAGAGUGACCUAAGAAGACGGCGUUAUCCACCAAGUGCAGAGUACCCUGACCUAAGGAAGCAUAACAACUGCAUGGCCAGCAGUUUAACUCCAGCCAUUUAUGCCAGAUUGUGUGACAAGGCCACCCCAAAUGGUUUUACACUUGAUCAGUGCAUUCAGACAGGAGUGGACAACCCUGGGCACCCAUUCAUCAAGACAGUGGGCAUGGUAGCUGGAGAUGAAGAGAGCUAUGAGGUAUUUGGUGACUUAUUUGACCCAGUGAUCUAUGAGAGGCAUAAUGGGUAUGACCCCAGGACCAUGAAGCACCCCACUGAUCUGGAUGCUAGCAAGAUCAGAUCAGGCUUCUUUGAUGAGCGCUAUGUCCUGUCAUCCCGUGUACGCACUGGGCGCAGCAUUCGUGGACUCAGUCUACCACCAGCAUGUACUCGUGCAGAACGGAGGGAGGUGGAAAAGGUGGCUGCAGAAGCCUUAAGUGGCCUAAAAGGAGACCUUAAUGGGAGAUAUUACCGACUCAGUGACAUGACAGAAGAAGAGCAACAGCAGCUAAUAGAUGAUCACUUCCUGUUUGACAAGCCAGUGUCUCCUUUGUUGACAGCAGCUGGAAUGGCCCGGGACUGGCCAGAUGCCCGUGGAAUUUGGCACAAUAAUGAAAAAACCUUUUUGGUGUGGAUCAAUGAGGAAGAUCACACCCGUGUCAUCUCAAUGGAAAAGGGAGGCAACAUGAAAAGGGUUUUUGAACGGUUCUGCAGGGGUCUACUUGAGGUGGAGAAGCUGAUUAAAGAGAGAGGCUGGGAAUUCAUGUGGAACGAACGACUUGGCUACAUCUUGACAUGUCCAUCAAACUUGGGAACUGGACUAAGAGCAGGAGUUCACAUCAAACUUCCUCACCUGAGCAAGGAUAAAAGAUUACCUAAGAUUCUGGAGAACCUGCGAUUGCAGAAGAGAGGCACAGGAGGUGUGGACACUGCUGCAGUUGGAAGUGUUUUUGAUAUCUCUAACCUAGAUCGUCUGGGAAAAUCUGAGGUGGAGCUGGUUCAAUUAGUGAUUGAUGGAGUUAAUUAUUUAAUUGACUGUGAGCGCAGACUGGAACGGGGACAAGACAUCAAGAUCCCAGCACCAGUAUCAAAAUUCAAAUCCUAAGUGGUCUACAACUUCUGACAUCUCUUUCAUGAACAAUACCAUAUCACUCCACAGUGGUAGCUUGUCAGGGAUUGGUACAAGCUCACCACCUGGCAUGUUUCAGCAAUGCUUUUUGUUCCUUAUUGCACUGUAAAGCAUUAAUAAACUCCAAGCUGCUGUA